GCUCCCGCCACACACACACCCACAUCACACAUGCCGCUCCUCCACCUCUCGCUUCCGCCGCACCGUCUCCUCGUCGGCCGCCGCCGGCUAUUCGCCCCGCCGACGCCUCCUCCCUCUCGCAUCUCCAUAAGGGCGGCCGCGGAGGAUGGAUGCGAUCUCCCUUUCCUGCCAGAGCGCGCUCCCCACCACCGCGAGCUCGCCGCGGCCGCCGCCUCUGUCGAGCGCGCCUGCCGCCUAUGCGUAGACGUGAAGAGAUCACUUCUUUCAGGUGGAAGGAAGAUUCUUGAAAAGAAUGACCAAAGUCCUGUGACAAUUGCAGAUUUUGGAGUUCAGGCCCUUAUCAGCUUUGAGCUCCAGCAACUGUUUCCAUCAAUACCUCUGGUGGCAGAAGAGGACUCAGCAUUUCUGAAGUCAUCUAAUCCUGAUGAUAACAGUGGUAAUUUACUCAUUGAGUCAAUUUCAAGUGCUGUCGCAGACAAAGUGAAAAAUAGGGGUUCAACUUUAACUCAUGAUGAUGUGUUGAGAGCUAUUGAUAGAGGAGGCAAGGAUGCUGUCUCCUUUGAUUCAAAUCCUGCUACUUAUUGGGUACUUGAUCCAAUUGACGGCACUAAAGGUUUCUUGAAAGGAGAUGAUGCUCUGUAUGUGGUGGGUUUGGCUCUUGUGGUGAACGGAAAGGUAGCAGUAGGAGUGAUGGGAUGUCCAAAUUGGACCAAUGAUACCACGGAAAACAAGAAAGAAGAAAAUCUUGAUGCCUGUCCUGGCAAUGGCAUCCUUAUGGUGUCUCAUGUAGGCUGUGGUACUUGGUCUAGGCACUUGUCUCCUGAGAUUGGCCAGUUCACCACAGCACAGGAUGUUUGGAAGAGAUGUUUUGUUGAUGCAUGUUCAGUUGUGCACAUGGCACGCUUCUGCAUUCCGGAUAGCCAAACUUGGAACAUGAUACCAUUAUCUCUCCUCUUUGACUCAACGACGGAUGAAUCUGAUACUCGAGAUGGGAAUAAAAUUCUUCUCCGAUAUGCUUGCUGUGGCAGCUUGUGCAAAUAUAUAAUGGUAGCAUCUGGGAGAGCCUCGGUGUUUUUCAGUCGAGCACGGGUGAACACUCAAAUCAAGGCUUGGGAUCAUGCUGUUGGGAUGAUUUGUGUGCAGGAAGCUGGCGGUCAGAUCAGCGACUGGAGUGGGGAACCGUUGGAUCUUGCAGCUGACCUAACAGGGCGCAGAAUUCUGUACCCUUCAGGCGGUGUUCUUGUGACAAACGGCGCUCUGCACGACAAGCUCGUCGAACUCAUCUCUGCAAACUACAAAUAGUUGAUGCAAUGUUGGGCAUCUUCGAACAGGAGCAUGAUUUUGUUUCGUCUGUAACGUUUUGCCGUGUGCUCUGUAUCAGGUCUCGCAUUCAGAGAGAUAAACCACAGCCUUGUCCAGAACAUUUACAUGAAUCAAUAGCACAGCUGCCUUUGACUAA